CGGGGCAGAGCCGCGCGAGCGGGCUGAGGCGCGCGCUGGCCGCCAGAGCUCCGGUCAUCACCGCCCGCUGCGCACGUGCGGCCGCUGCCGUGCCCGAGCUCACGCCCGCGGCCGCUUUGUUGCUUCUGAACCGCCGGCACCAUGCACACGCCAGGCUCCGCGGGCCCGGGCGACGCGCGUGCGGUUGACAUCAUGGACAUAUGUGAGUCAAUCCUGGAGAGGAAGCGGCAUGACAGUGAAAGGUCUACAUGCAGCAUCUUGGAGCAAACAGACAUCGAGGCAGUUGAGGCUCUGGUUUGCAUGAGCUCCUGGGGUCAAAGAUCCCAGAAAGGUGAUCUCUUAAAGAUAAGACCCCUCACACCUGUCUCUGACUCUGGGGAUGUCACCACUACCAUGCUUAUGGAUACAGCUGCAGCUGAGCUACCAAAGGACUUUCAUUCUUUAUCAACUCUGUGCAUAACUCCUCCUCAGAGCCCUGAUCUCAUGGAGCCAUCGACAGGGACACCUGUUCCUCCCCAAGUAACUGAUUCCAAAGCACACAGGGUCAUGGCCCUCCCGCUGUCUUCAUCGGUGGCAGCCAGAGCACUGAACAAGAGGACUGAGAGGGGCUUGCCAAGUUUGAAGCUCGAGCCCCAGGAACCAGCUCCUGUGCCCAGCUGCAGGGCCUUGGUAACAAGUGUGAUCCGCCACACGGCAGAGAAUCCUGUUCCUGCCUGCUUUCCUCCUGCUCAGAUGCAAGAACAGCGACUGUCCAAUAGCAGAGAAGGGGAAGCACAGUUUCUGGGACAUUUGGAAGCUUUGCAGGAUACACGCCUUGCAGACAGUUUGCUCAUUGCUAACACCGUUUCCUGUCAGCCUUGCUUGCACGGAUCUGGCGGCCUGCUCCCCACCGACAAAGGCCCACAGGCGGGGUGGCCUGCUGCAGUUCAGCCCUGCUCACCAAAGAAUUUUGAAAAUGACUUGCCAAGGAAAACCACCCCUCUGAUUUCUGUUCCUGUCACCAGUCCCCCUGUCCUGUGCCAAAUGAUCCCUACAACUGGACAGAGUAGCAUGAUCUCUGCAUUUUUGAGACCCCCUCCCCUAUUGUCUGUGGGGACUGUCAAACCCAUCCUGCCUCAGGCUGCACCUGUGCCCCAGCCUGUGUUCAUGGGCCCGCCCAUGCCUCAGGGAACUGUGAUGCUGGUGCUGCCACAGAGCACUCUAGCCCAGCCUGCUACCUGCCCAUCCAGUGUCAUGGCUGUUGGGAACACCAAGUUGUUGCCCCUUGCCCCUGCUCCACUGUUCAUUGCCUCCAGCCAAAACUGUGCCCCUCAGGUAGACUUCUCCCGGAGGAGAAACUAUGUUUGCAGCUUCCCAGGCUGCCGAAAGACCUACUUCAAGAGCUCCCAUCUCAAGGCCCAUCUUCGCACUCACACAGGGGAGAAGCCUUUCAACUGCAGCUGGGAUGGCUGUGAUAAAAAAUUUGCACGUUCAGAUGAACUGUCUCGCCACCGCAGAACUCACACAGGGGAGAAGAAGUUCGUGUGCCCUGUGUGUGACCGGCGUUUCAUGCGCAGUGACCACCUGACGAAGCAUGCCCGUCGCCACAUGACCACCAAGAAGAUCCCAGGCUGGCAGACAGAGGUUGGCAAGUUGAACAGAAUCGCCUCGGUGGAGUCUCCUGCCAGCCCCCAUGCUCCCCUGCCUGCCUCUUCCUGAGAGUGGGUGGGCGUCACUGUGAUUCCUUGGGAAUAGCUGAUGGCUUCCUCUAAAAACAAGGCUUCAGAGGCCCAGGAGCUGGUUCCGAUAGUGUGUUAACCCUUCUUUUCUGGUUGGGACCCUGUUCAGUAUCUUUUGUAGUUUGAAAAGUUUCUUUCCUUCUUUGUCUUUCUUUCUUUUUAAAGGAAAUAGAAGAAAAUUUGAUGAUCCAAAUCACCAGCAUUCAAACAUUUCGGCAAUAAAGUUUACAAAAUCUGGAUUUUUACAACCUUCCUAUUCAUAUUUUGUAGAAAUGAGACAGGGUACUAAUUUUAUACUGUUUUUUAUAAAAAUAUUUAUAUUGUUGGUGCUCCAAUCAUCAGUUUCUAGAUAGAUGAUUUUACCACCUUAUUUUCAGCUUUUAAUAGCGAAGUUUUAUAAUGACUCUGCUUUUGCUUUUAGUAAGCUUCGUACAUCAUUCAGAAAAAAAAAAUCGUAAAUUAUCAGGUCUUCUCAGUUUAAGAUUUUUUUAAAAAAAUAACAGGUUGAGUAAGGGCCUCUUAUUAAAAAGAAGGAAAGGAAAAUUUUGCAGUCAGCUUCAUAAUGUUUUUAAGAGAAAUUCCAGGCAACCAAUCCUGUAGCCCAUGUAACUAAAUUCUGGUUGGCUAGAGCUAGUCAUUUGUGUGUGUUGCGUGACCUGUAAAGGAUGCACUGGGGGUUUACUCAGGGCACUGCCAGCUCCUGGUGCUGGGGCUGCUGCAUGAUCUGAGCAUCUGUUUGCUGUUGCUAUCUGGGCCAUUGCUCUGCUGAACCAUUCUUGUUUGUACCUGAGGCCCCCAAAAGAAUGCUAGCCCUCGAACCUGGCUGCUUUGUUCAUUGUCAGUUGACCCCUUCUGAUGUGGCCUUAUCCAUACUGCAUUGUGAGUAGAAUGACUACUUAGAAAAAAGUUUGCAUGGAUCUUCCAAGUACAGUUCAUCUGAAGUGAGGUACAAGUGCAUACAGUUGGUGCCAAGGUUCAAGUCCCUUUGUUAAGGAUGAAAAACUAGGAAGUGUGUGUUACGCAUGACUGGCAAUGUAAUCCCACCUGACUGACCUUUCAUUCAUUUUGUUUGAAAGAUAUUGUUUUGAUCAGACAGUCUACCUUGCAAGUAAACCGUGGACACGGCACUGCUUUUUAGCCAUGUGAGCACAGAUAACACAGGAGAUUGGCUGCCUGGCGGAAUUGGUUUUGGAUAAAUGUUGGAAGUUCAGGCAACAGAAGAAAUGAAAAAACACAGAAUGUUGCACUAUAUUGGUAGCCUGGGAAUAUUUUUUGUGCGGAUUUGUUUUUGCCUUUUAGUUAUUGGCACUUAACCUUUAUUAAAAUGAUGGUAAGAUGACAUGUGGGGUAAGUAAAAUUAGGGUUCRUGUUCAGGUCUUUUUAGUCUAAUAUAACCCUCUCUUGAUCCUUCAUUGUAUGUUACUUGAUACCCAUUAAGUUGUCCUUUAGUAUCAACUGUUUUUCAUUACCGUAUGUAUGUGUGUGUCUUUAGGAGAUUUCCACAUUUUGGACAGUUCCACAGGUAUGGUAUGUUCUUGUUGUCAUGAGGCAUGAUAUGGUCGCAGGAGAGCGAUGGUUGUACAUAGUUUGUGUUUUCCCCACCACCCCAGUCCUCCCAUCCUCCUAAGUCACCAUAAACACUUUUGACUAUGUGUGUGUCGUAAAUGGCAUCAGGUUUGGACAGUUGUCUUAAUUAUGUCAUACCAGUGAUGUUUGUCCAAUGAUCUGGGGUAGUGGAAGGUCUUUGAAUAUUUGGUUGCUUGUGACAUUUCAUUCUCUGAACAGUAUUGUAGAUGUAUUGAAAUGGUAUUAAUUUAAAACUUCCACUUCCUGAUUAGAUUUAGAAAUACUUUCUGAAAAGUUGGGAAAAAGUUCCCGUCUGAAAAAUCCUCCUGAGAACCAAGCCCUUGUAGGCUGCAGCGGGUGAGUGAGGCAUCCCUGUGCUGACAGUGCGAGUGCUCGGGUGCCCGAGGCCACGCCGGCAAGGCAGGUUCCCCCUGUGCACUUUAUUGCCUGAGCAGAUUUGCUUGAUUUUUGACAUUGAGCCUUUUCAGUAGUUUCAGUAAAAUUUGUUUAAUAAUUAUGUUUUAUGUAACAGACUUUGAAUUCUUAUUUAAAUGAGAAUGUGUAAUGUAACUUUUUCCUUUGAAUCAUAUAAAACUUUCU